CCUUUCAACUCUGAUUACUGGCAAUUGUGACUGCAAAACUUUUGACAAUCAUAUCACUGAGCUACUUCUGUGCCACUGGAUUGCUUUGAAUGAUGUCCUUGGCAUGCUCUGUUUCAUCUGGCUCCAGCAAUGUUAUGUCUCAGCCAACGCGGCGCACAUGACGGAGCUUGAAACACGUAAAGAAUGUGACUUUCCCUGUGGAUGUCAUCUAGAUUCCUUAGCCAUGUUCGUCGCCUUGCUUCCCUCAAAGCAAUACAAGAAUGCGGUUUCCAGUGGUGUGACCUUGAAAAUCAUGGAGUCCAUCUAUGACUGGAACUACACUCACUCCUGGUGCAUAUGUAACAAUAGUGUUUCUUCUCAAGCUUUACUCGAAGUACAAGUAUGUCUGUAAUAUCUGUCACUCAGACUUGUGAGCUCCUUAACUAAGACGAGGAUCCACUAGAAGAUGAGCUAUCAGACAGGCUCUCAUUUGCUUCGUCAGUAUUCCAGCCACUUCCAGAAUCGCUGCUUCCCUCAAAUACAACUUCAGCGGAGUUAUCCUCAUAUGCUGGACCAGGCUGUUCCUCCUUUUGAUCGUAGACUGGAGCACCGUUGUCCUCCUGGUAAUCAGGUUUCCAUUCUGAAGACAUCUUGACGUGGAUGAAGACUUAUCAACGUAAAUAACUGAAUAUCUUGUCCAAGUCCAGGUACUUUGACUUUUGCAGCAAUAGGCCAGUUAAUCUCUUUUCACAAGUGAUAUCUCGGCAAUGAAAAACAUACAGAAGAGCUGGGUGAUAUU